AUGUUUGGAGUUAAGAGACAAAACAUCAAUAUGGUCGAAGAGGUAAAUUCAGUUGAUAACUCAGAGUCUGAUUUAGAAUCAAAUCAAAAUAAUACACAAAAUGACGUAGGUCACACAAUUGAUAUCGAAAAUAUGUUGCCCAUGCAUUUUAGAUGUUUUGCUCAUACUCUAAAUUUAUGUGCCACUACAGAUAUAAAUAAAGUCAUAAAAAGCUGUGUUGAAUUGUCUUCAAUACACGACCAAGUAAUAAAUAAAUGUAAUAUUCUUUGGAAAUUAGCCGGACGGCCUAAAUCAGCCGAAAUAAUACAAAAUAUAUUAGGGCAUACCCUAAGUAGACCUGGAGAGACCCGAUGGAAUAGUUUAUACGAUUCACUUCGACAAAUAUUAAGCAUCAAAAAUAAUAUUUUAAAUUUAAAUAGAGCUCUAGAAAUAAAUACCAAAAAUGCUUUACGGGAUCAAGAUUUUAAUUAUAUUGAAGAACACUUAAGGUGUGCAGCUCCAAUUUCAGAAGCGUUAGAUAUAAUGCAAGGGAAAUUAAAUACUUAUUAUGGUGUAGUAUUACCGUGUCUAUUAGCGUUGAGAAGAAAAAUCGAAAUAUUAGCAAAACCCGACCAUCAUACUUGGAUAUAUUGCUAUAUUCCUAUAGUCCAUGCCUUGUUAGAAAGUAAUGAGAAAAGAUUUCGAAAUUAUUUAAAUUUCACUUCUCCAGAAUCUCUUAAUGCUGUUAUUGCAGCAUUGUCUUAUCCACGUUUUAAAAAACGUUGGUUGACAUGCGUUAAGCCUCAAUUUCAUGACAGGCUCAUACAAAUUUUCAAAAAAACAGCCAAUGAAGUUCUUAUUGGGAAAAAUACGUUCAUAGAAUUAAAAAAUUCUCCUGAAAACCAAACAACUGACGACUUUUUCGACUUUGGAUCUUCUUCUUUAACAUUAACCAGUAUACCAAAAUUAGAAUUAGAAGUUUUACAUUUUUUUGCUGAUGAAGAAAAUGACCUUCCUAACCUAAACAAAUAUCCAACAAUCAAAGAAGAUUUUAUUCAAUAUAAUACUCCGCUCCCAUCGUCAGCUCCGGUAGAAAGACUCUUCUCAUUUGCUACUAUGACAAAUCAACCAAAAAGCCAUAAAUUAUCAGAUAAUUUAUUUGAAAAACGUGUUGUUUUAAAAGCAAAUUUAUUGUAA